ACUAAUCUCGCUGACGGGAAGGAACCGUUAGCGGUGGGCGGAGUCACAGUUUACAAAUACCAGCUCUGGAAACUGCCGUCCGCUUACACUUUAACUCAACACACAACUGAACACAGACGGCAGACAGAAUGAGUCCCAAACACGUCAUCUACAAAAAACUCUCCAGAGACAAAUCUGUGGGCGUUUACAUGGGGAAGCGGGAUUUCGUGGAUCACUGUGAUUUUGUUGAUCCUGUUGAUGGUGUUGUGCUGAUCGACCCCGAGCUGGUGAAAGGAAAGAAAGUCUAUGUCAUGCUGUCCUGUACGUUCCGGUACGGUCGGGAUGAUAUGGACGUGAUGGGAAUGGCGUUUCGCAGGGACAUCUUCCUGUGCACUCGACAGGUCUAUCCUCCUCUGCAGGACAAAGAACGCAGCAUCCACACCAAAGUACAAGAGAAGAUCCUGCGCAAACUCGGGGACAACGCAUAUCCCUUCUUUUUUGAGUUUCCAGAUAACCUGCCAUGUUCAGUGUGUCUGCAGCCGGGGCCGACAGAUGUAGGAAAGCAUUGCGCAGUUGAGUUUGAGGUGAAGGCGUUCUGUGCAGAAAAUCAAGAUGAAAAGGCCCAGAAGAGGAGUUCAGUCCGUUUGGCCAUCAGAAAGAUCCAGUACGCUCCAGAUACAUGUGAUGCGGCUCCAUCGGCGGAGACCACCUGUGAAUUCAUCAUGUCUGAUAAACCGCUGCACAUGCGUGUCAGUCUGGAGAAAGAGAUAUAUUACCAUGGAGAGGAGAUCAACAUCAGCGUGGAGGUCGACAACAGCUCCAACAGGAACGUGAAGGACUUGUCAGUGUCAGUGGAGCAGAUCACUAAUGUGGUGCUUUACUCAAAUGACAAGUAUGUCAAAUCUGUGGCCCAUGAGGAAACCACAGACACUAUUCCGUCUGGUACGAGUCUGAAGAAGGUUUACACCCUCUGUCCUCUACUGGACAAUAACCGUGACAGACUCGGACUCGCUCUGGAUGGAAAACUAAAGCAUGAGGACACUAACCUGGCCUCCUCCAGCAUUGUAAAGGAUGAAGUUCUGAAGGAGAUUCUGGGCAUGUUGGUGGCUUAUAGGGUGGUGGUGAAGUGUAAUGCAGCUGGCAUCGUUGGAUCCAGUGAAGUUGCUGUGGAGGUUCCCAUCAAACUUAUGCAUCCCAAACCUGAUCCAGAGAGUGAAGACACAACUGACCUGGUGUUUGAGGAGUUUAAACGCUCAUAUCUGAAAGGAGUCAUCGGCGACGAUGACGAAUCUCCGGCUGAGCCUUGAGAGCCUUCUCCAUGAGUGUUUUGCAUAUAAAAAUUCAUAAGCAUUUAUGGAUGCAUGUUGCUAAGUGAGAAAAAACAAUCGGCCGAAUCACCAUUUAUGCUGCAGUCUCCAUAUAGUCACUGCAAAAAAUUAUAUAUAUUGUAGCUAAAUCGAUCAUGGCUGUUAAAUAUUUGCAUUUUGAUCCAUAAGAACCAAAACAGGUUCUCCUAAAAUAAAAAAUCAUUAUUUAAAGUGUGAACGUAGUAUAAAAGGCUCUUUAAAAAUACUGAAAUAAUAAAUCUAGAGCUUUCAGCAAGGAUAAACUGUUAUAUAGUACAUUUUAUUAGUCAUAAGUAGAUGUAUUACAUAGAAACCUAGAGGAAAAUACUGUUGUUAUUUGGUCUGUAAAUGCUUUGAGCUAAAAUAAAACACUUUGUGACAGCAAAACAUCUGGGUUUACAUGAUCUCUAUACCAAAAGACUGCAAAAGUGCAGCUUCAAAGCCCUGUGACAUAUAACAUUUGGUAAAGUCUUGUAAAAUUAGUUUGAUUAACCAAUGGAGCAUUUCUUAUUGCAUUAAAAAUAAUAUGUGUAUUUUAAUGCUUAUUUGAGUAUUGCAUUGUUUAAAUAUUAUUAUAGUUUUCAUUAAUCUUUUGAAUUGUUUUUCAUUUUUAUGUAUUUUAGUACUUACAGUUUUAUUAGACUAGAUAUUAAGUUAGGAUGUUGCCUGUGUAGACACUAGAAGCAAGGCAGCUUGCUAGAGCUGUUGUAUUUGAAAAUU